AUGGUUUCGAACUGUCUGAAAUCCAGAGAAAAUCCAGACAUUUCAGUGCAGAAACUGAGAGUGGAUAAAAAACGCUUUUUAAAAUUUUUAUCUUUAUCCUUAUUUUCUUUUAAACUUUUGUCUUUCAAAAUUUCUUUUAAAUUUAGUUCAAUUAAAAAAUUUCAAAUGGAACAUUCACAAAAUUUAGACGAGGAAACUCAAAUAGCAAAUGUUGAAUUAAGACAGCGUUUUCUUCGUUUUCUUAAAUGGUUGCCAAAUAAUCAUGUUGAAGCAAAAAUGUUUGGUGCUAAUUUAAAUGGAAUUUUAACUGCUGUAGAUGCUGCUAAUUUUGAUCAUUUUUUACUUAAUAAAUUACACACUCCAACUGGUUUAGUUGAACAUGCAGCUUUACGAACUCGGGAUACAAUUUAUUUAAAAAUUGAUUUGCCAAACAAUAAAAAGAAUAGUUCGGAAGAUGUUAAAAUGGAAGUUGUGCAGCCUCAAAAGAAUGAAAAUAAAGAAGUUAAGUGUCAAAUGGAAAAUAAGAUUACUCCAAAAGAAACUUCUAUUAAACCAGAAGUUAAAAAUUCUGAAGAAAACAAUGCUGAAGAGAUUACUGAAAUGGAGGUUACUACUUCAACGAGUGAAUUCUCUACUCCAUUAGGUAGUACAAAAAGUGAGGGGCAGAAGAAAAAACAAAUGAGUGUGGCUGAAAGGAUGACACGUUCUACGGCAUAUUAUCUUGAACGAAUUAAAAAUUAAAUUAUUUGAAUAUUUUUGAACAAUUGGAGAUUUUAAAA